AUGAGGGCAGCGGUCUGGCUCAUUCAACUCGUCCUGGGCUGCUUCUGGACAUCAUUGGACAUCGCCAUCGGCGAGCAGAAUGAAGAGGUCCAGGCCAACCGGUUCUCCGACACGGAAAGAAAGCCCACUCCCAGCCGGGUACGACGGAGGGGCCACGAGACCUUGCGUGGGCCUAACGUCUGUGGAUCCAGAUAUCACUCCUACUGCUGCCCAGGCUGGAAAACUCUCCCGGGGGGGAACCAGUGCAUCGUCCCCAUUUGCCGGAACUCCUGCGGGGACGGCUUCUGUUCACGACCGAAUAUGUGCACCUGCUCCAGCGGACAGCUCUCCCCCAACUGCGGCUCUCUCGGAGUCCCGUCCUGCGGCAUGAAGUGCCUGAAUGGAGGCAGCUGCACCGAGGAGGCCUGCCUGUGCCAGAAGGGAUACACCGGGAGCCACUGCGGCCAACCCAUCUGCGAAGGAGGGUGCCAAAACGGGGGCCGAUGCAUCGGGCCCAACCGCUGUGCCUGCGUAUAUGGAUUCACCGGACCCCAGUGUGAGAGAGACAUUGAUGAGUGCGAGACCCCGGGAAUUUGCAUGAAUGGCUGGUGCAUCAACACCGAGGGCUCCUUCCGUUGCGAGUGCCUGGGAGGGCUGGCCAUCGGCGUGGACGGGCGGGUCUGCGUGGAUACCCACGUUCGCAGCACCUGCUACGGUGGCAUCAAGAAGGGCACCUGCGCCCGCCCCUUCCCGGGAGCCGUCACCAAAUCCGAGUGUUGCUGUGCCAAUCCGGACCAUGGUUUUGGGGAGCCGUGCCAGCCUUGCCCUGCCAAGAACUCCGCUGAAUUCCAAGCAUUGUGCAGUAGUGGAAUAGGAAUCACAGCUGACGGACGAGAUAUCAACGAGUGCGCCUUGAACCCUGACAUUUGCCCCAAUGGGAUGUGUGAAAACCUUCGAGGAAGCUACCGCUGUAUUUGCAAUCUGGGCUAUGAAUCGGACCCCACUGGGAAGAACUGCGUGGAUGUUGAUGAAUGUGCCAUCAAUCGCCUGUUGUGUGACAACGGUUUGUGUCGCAACACGCCUGGGAGCUACAGCUGCAGCUGCCCCAAAGGAUUUGUCUUCCAGACUGAGACAGACACGUGCGAAGAUAUCAACGAAUGCACAUCUAACCCCUGUGUCAAUGGACUCUGCCGGAACAACGCUGGGUCCUUUGCGUGUGAGUGUGCACCCGGAAGCAAAUUGGAUCCCAGUGGCACCAUCUGUGUUGACAGCAUGAAGGGUACCUGUUGGCUCAACAUCCAAGAAGGACGCUGUGAAGUCAACAUCAAUGGGGCUACCUUGAAGUCCGAAUGUUGUGCCACGCUAGGGGCUGCCUGGGGCAGCCCCUGUGAACGCUGUGAGAUCGAUGCCGCCUGUCCACGAGGUUACGCCAGGAAGAAGGGUCUCUCUUGUGAAGAUGUGAACGAGUGUGAUGUCUUCCCGGGCGUCUGCCCCAAUGGCCACUGUGUGAACACGGCAGGGUCCUUCCGAUGUGAAUGUCCAGAAGGCUUGACCUUGGAUGGUUCUGGCCGGACCUGCGUGGACGUGCGGCUGGAGCAGUGUUACAUGAAGUGGGCCGAGGAUGAGUGCACCGUGGCGCUGCCAGGGAAAUACCGUAUUGACCUUUGCUGUUGCUCCGUCGGGGCGGCCUGGGGCAAGGACUGCGAGGAAUGCCCGAAGCCCGGCUCGGCUGAAUUCAAAGCCAUUUGUCCACGGGGACCCGGCUUUGCUAACAGGGGAGACGUCUUAUCCGGCAGGCCUUUUUACAAAGAUGUGAAUGAGUGCAAGAUGUUCUCUGGUCUUUGCACCCACGGCACUUGUCGCAACACCAUCGGGAGCUUCCGGUGUCUCUGUGGCAGCGGCUUCGCUCUGGAUGCUGAGGAGAGGAACUGCACAGAUAUCGACGAGUGCCGGAUCUCGCCAGACCUGUGCGGCCAUGGUGCCUGUGUCAACACACCCGGCGGUUUUGAGUGCGAAUGCUUUGAAGGCUAUGAGAGCGGCUUUAUGAUGAUGAAGAACUGCAUGGAUAUCGAUGAAUGCGAGCGAGACCCCCUCCUGUGCCGAGGAGGGGUCUGCGUCAACACCGAGGGCAGCUUUGAGUGCCUUUGCCCGCCGGGGCAUGAACUGACCACCGAGGGCAACGUCUGCGUAGAUAUCAACGAGUGCUCCCUGAGUGACAGCCUGUGCCUAAAAGGGCGCUGUGUGAACGUCAUUGGCACCUACCAGUGUGCGUGUGACUCCGGAUACCAAGCCACCCUAGACCGGCAGGGCUGUGUCGAUAUCGACGAGUGCACCAUCCUGAAUGGCGGCUGCGACACGCACUGUGCCAAUGCUGAGGGAAGCUAUGAGUGCAGUUGUGGGGAAGGCUAUGCACUGAUGCCAGAUAAGCGGUCGUGUGUGGAUAUCGAUGAAUGUGAGGACACGCCAGAUAUCUGCGAUGGGGGCCAGUGUACCAACAUCCCUGGGGAGUACCGCUGCCUCUGCUUCGAUGGCUUCAUGGCGUCCCUGGACAUGAAAACCUGCAUUGAUGUGAAUGAAUGCGACCUGAACCCCAACAUCUGUCUGCACGGGGAAUGCGAGAACACCAAGGGAUCCUUCAUCUGCCAUUGCCAGCUGGGCUACUUCGUCAAGAAGGGGACGACGGGCUGCACAGACAUCGACGAGUGUGAAAUUGGGGCUCACAAUUGCGACAUGUACGCUUCAUGCAUCAAUAUCCCGGGAAGCUUCCGGUGUAAAUGCCGGCUGGGCUGGCUCGGCGACGGGCUGAAAUGCAACGAUCUAGACGAAUGUGCCACCGAGGCUCACAGCUGCAACCUGAACGCCAACUGCCUUAACACGCCGGGCUCGUUUCGCUGCGCGUGUCAGGAGGGCUUCAGCGGCGACGGCUACUCCUGUUCUGAUGUGGACGAAUGUGCCGACAACGUCAACCUCUGUGAGAACGGGCAGUGCCUGAAUGCCCCCGGGGGCUACCGGUGUGAGUGCGAAAUGGGAUUCAACCCCACGGAAGACAGUAAGGCUUGCCAAGACAUUGACGAAUGCACCUUCCAGAAUAUCUGCGUCUUCGGCACCUGCCAGAAUCUUCCUGGGAUGUUCCGUUGUGCCUGUGACGAUGGGUAUGAGCUAGACAGGAGCGGUGGGAACUGCACAGAUGUCAAUGAGUGUGCCGAUCCCGUGAAUUGCAUCAACGGCCUUUGCGUUAAUACGCCAGGCAGCUACCUCUGCAACUGUCCUCAGGACUUCGAGCUGAACCCCACCGGAGUGGGGUGUGUCGACACCCGAGUGGGGAACUGUUUCCUGGACACGCAAGACCGCGGCGACGGCGGGAUCUCAUGCAGUGCUGAAAUCGGCGUGGGCGUUACGCGGGCGUCCUGCUGCUGCUCCCUGGGCCGGGCUUGGGGAAACCCCUGCGAGCUGUGCCCGGCUGCCAACACCAGUGAGUAG